AUGAGCUUCCUACGACCCAUGUCAAUGCUGCGCUCGGCAGCACUACGGCCCGCAGCCCUCUCGGCGGCUCCCCGUGCCCGCGUCCAAGUUCGUUUCGCGACAUCAGAUUACGGCUCUGGUAAGGGCAACCCAGCUGGAGAGAAGCCCGAGAAGCAGGGCGCCAACCCCAGCGAGAACCUCGAGCACCCCGGCCCCGCACCUCCCAAGGUCGCCCAGGGCAAAUCUUCGUCGUCGCCGAACAAGGACAGCAACGCCAGCCAGAAUGACUCUCCCAAGCCUACAUCCGAGUCACCGGCUCCUAAGAGCUCUUCUGGCAAGCGCGAGUUCUCGACAUCGGCCCGCCAGAUGAAGGACAACAAAGAGCCAGCCGUCAAGCAGGGCCAAGACAACAAGCCCUCGCCCAACGAAGUCAAAGGUGCGAAACCCAAAAUACUCAACGAAAACCCGCCGGCUUCUGAAGAGCAGAGCGAGGACGUCAAGCAACACAACAAGGACAUGGAUAACAGGGCGGAACAGGCGCAUGAGAAGGUCAGCAACGAAGAGGCAGAGAAGGACAAAGUCCCCGGCGGCUUCUGGAAAGGCGAAGGUGGACGAAGCGGCUCCGAAGGCGUACGAGGAUAA